AUGGCUUCUGCUCAGGUUGUCAACGUCACUCUGCCCGCCCUUCCUCAGGGCUGGUCCGCCGAGAAGGACUUCAAGGCCGUCGGCACCCUCACCGGCGCCACUCAGAGAAACCUCGAGCCCGUAGGCCCUCACUUCCUUGCCCACGCCCGCAGAAAGCGGCACGCCCGCACCUUCUCCGAGGAUGAGCGCAUCCAGGCGCAGCAGAACGUCACCAAGACGGAGGAGGACGACGACGACAACAUCUCCGAGCCCGAGGACCCGAUGAUGCUCGCGCGCGAGGCCAAGGACUGGAAGAGCCAGGACCACUAUGCGGUGCUGGGCCUGAGCAAGCUGCGCUGGCGCGCGACGCCCGAGCAGAUCAAGCGUGCCCACCGCAAGAAGGUGCUCCGCCACCACCCGGACAAGAAGGCGGCGCUGGGCGACCGCGACGAGAACGACAACUUCUUCAAGUGCAUCCAGAUCGCCACCGAGCUGCUGCUCGACCCCGUGCGCCGCCGCCAGUUCGACUCGGUCGACGAGACUUGCGAUGUCGAGCCCCCGACCAAGAAGGAGGUGCAGAAGGGCGACUUCUUCAAGCUGUGGCGCCCCGUGUUUGAGUCCGAGGCGCGCUUCUCCCGCGUCCAGCCCGUGCCCCAGCUCGGCGACGAGAACUCCUCCUUCGAGGAGGUCGACAACUUCUACAACUUCUGGUACAGCUUCGACAGCUGGCGGACGUUCGAGUACCUCGAUGAGGAUGUGCCCGAUGACAACGAGAGCCGUGACCAGAAGCGUCAUGUUGAGAAGAAGAACGCCAACGCCCGCCGCAAGCGCAAGACCGAGGAUACCGCCCGUCUGCGUCGUCUGGUGGAUGACUGCGCCGCCAUGGAUGAGCGCAUCAAGAAGUUCCGCAAGGCUGCUCGCGCCGACAAGGACAAGAAGCGUCUGGAGAAGGAGGCCGAGGCUAAGCGCCUCGCCGAGGAGAAGGAGAAGGCCCGUCUGGAGGAGGAGCAGCGCAAGAAGGAGGCCGAGGAGGCCGCCAAGGCUGACCGUGAGAAGGCGAAGAAGGCCAAGGAGGCUGCGAAGAACGCCGCCAAGAAGAACAAGCGUGUGCUCAAGGGUUCCGUCAAGGACGUCAACUACUUUGCGGAUGGUGAACCCUCCGCCGCGCAGGUCGACGGUGUGCUCACCGAUGUCGAUCUGAUCAUCAGCAAGAUCGACAGCGAGGAGCUGGCCGCUUUGGCGGAGCGUCUGGGCGCUGCUGGCAAGGAUGCUGCGGCCGUCAAGAACGUAGUGUUAAUGGAUUAUGACAUGUUUUAUGUGCAUUUCCUAUCUUUCGAAGCCUAUAUCUCUGUCUCCUGCUUACCUCCAUUCCAGUGGGUGCUCCAUGAGGUGCAUGGCUGGAGUGAGUGGGCUGUAGGACCGGCCUCGCCCCGAUUAGGAGUCGAGUUCUUCGUGGGGUGUUCUUGUUCGGACAGUAUAGUGAUCGGAUCUACGUCCGUCAGUGUCGUCUGGAUUAUGAUCCUGAUGUGCAACCAGAUGCCGGCUUUUCUCCCUGUUCCCUGCAGCGGUAGCCACCCCACGGAGCUUAUUGUCUACGGCUGGACCGCAAUUCCACUCCCACUGGAUGGUACCUAUCAUGGGAAACGGAAUCUUCAGCCCGGUGCGGUCUAG